UAAGGGGGUUGAGAUUUCAGAGAAACUGCCUUUUUGUCUUGAAGAGCUCAUUCGUUGUAAAUAAAAUACUGUUAAACUGUUCUUUAUUAACUGAUCGCAUUUCCUGCCUGUUUUUUCAUAUUUUUUUUAUAUACACCUAUCUUAAUCAAGAUGACCGAAAUGUUUGCCAACCUUUUGAACACUUACAAUGUCACUUUGGAAAGUUUUUUAGAGAAGGAAAAUGUGCUGACCAAAGCUUUGGGUAUUAUUGAGGCCAAUACCAAUAUUAAGAAGAAGUACAUCGCCAAUGGAAUUGUCAGUAUAUUUGGUUUGUACAUGAUAUUUGGUUCUUUUGCUGCUCUUCUAUGCAAUGCUGUUGGUUUUCUGUAUCCAGCUUACCAGUCCCUGAAUGCCUUGGAAACUGCUAAUGCAGAUGAUGAUCGUAAAUGGUUAACUUAUUGGGUUGUGUUCGCUUUCUUCAGUUUGAUUGAAUUCUUUGCUGACACUAUUUUCAUGUGGUUCCCUUUCUACUGGUUGGCCAAGAUUGUUUUUCUUGUCUGGUGUUUCCUUCCCAUUGAAAAGAAUGGUUCCAAUGUUCUUUAUUCAAAGAUAAUUCGUCCCUAUUAUCUUAAAAGAAAAGAUGUCAUAAGUGAUAAUUUAGACAAAGUAAAGAGUAGCUUGGCUGGACCCAUAGCUGAUAAGGUUCGCAAAGGAGUCACCGAUGCUUUGAAAUCUGGCGGUGAUAAAUCAGAUUAAUUUCCUUUUCCUCUUUUCACCCUCUAUCUCUUAUAAAGAGAUUUGUUUGGGUCAAAUAUUAUCAUUCAUAUAUACCUUGCUUAACCGGUUAUUUUACUUCUCAUCAAUUAACCUUGGUUAAUAUCAAAUAUGUUAAUGAUUUCUACUCAGUAAAAACAUUACAGUCUAUUAAACAAAGAAAGAAAUAUCAAAACAGAUAA